ACUACAAACCGACAGAAUUGAAAUGAUAACUGAAAAACAAAGAAUUGGUGUCUCCUUUAGAUCUCAAGAUAAAUAAAUUAGCAUACACUUUAUUAGUUUCAAUCAGAUCUAAACUCCUCCGAUUCUCAGUCUACCUCAGCCUCUCAUUUAAUUCAUUUCUAACUUGAUUCAGUCCUUCUGUUCGAUUCUUAGCACUCAGUGAAAUGAGGUGAAUAAUGGGUGAGUUAUGGCGGCAGCAGAAGUAAGGGCAGCUUGGCAGAGAACAGCUAAUCGUUGCUUUGUCCAAGAAGAUGCCAAAAGAGCUCCUAAAUUAGCUUGCGGCCCAUCAGCAUCUUCAUCAUCCAAACAGGGAGAUGCAGGACCUGCAAAUGCAACAGAUGGGAAAGAUAAUCCCACCGUAGGUUUCAUACCUCUUCACAGGAACCCUUCACAUUCCAAUCCAUCCCCUGACUCAAGAUGGUGGCUCCAUCUGCAACCUAAUUAUGGAUAUCAAAGGGGUUUAACAAAUGAGCAGUUAAAUACCUUGGAGGCAGAGAUGGAGACCUUUAGAGCUGGUGUUGCAAGUUCAACCUCUACAUUUAGCGACGUACACCAACAAAACGAGGUUGAUGGUACACAUGUCAACGACAACAUGAACUCUGAGCACUCCUCCGAUGCUUAUUCUGUAAUCUCUGCAACUUGCGUAAAGAAAGAUCUCGAAGUCAGAAAGCCAGAGCUAAAGGCUAGAUAUACUAAGAAUGACAAAGAACAUCUUAAUCUCAAAGACAUGGGGGAAUCCUAUGAAUUAAUAGACGUGGACCCUGUUGGUUCCUCAGUUUCCAAGGAAUCCAAUGAGUUGUGUUUUGAUUUUGAAUCUCCUUGGGUUGGGGGUGUGAAAUCUGAGCCAUGGUGGCGCAAGGCAGAUAGAGCUGAAUUAGCUUCCUUGGUUGCACAGAGAUCAGUUGACUUUAUCGAGAACUGUGAUCUUCCUCAGCCUCAAAAUACACAUGUUAAGAGGGACACAUUUGCUCAUAUUGGUUGUUUUGAUUGUGAUGGGUUUGUACCCUCUUCCUUACAAUGGAAGGCCCAAAGUGGUCUUUCCAAUCCAACUGCUCAUACAAAAGGCUGUCAUUCUUUCAGAAGUGCAUGUGAAAAACAGUGGACUUCAGUUGAGGGGAGCUCUCAAUAUGAUUCAAACAAGCGAGUCAGGAACAGUGAUGACACAAUGCCCGAAGGUGUGACUGAAACACAAGUUCCAGAGAGUGAUCCCAGCAAAGCUGAAUUAUUGGAGGCACUCCGUCACUCACAAACACGUGCAAGGGAAGCUGAGAAUGCAGCAAAGCAAGCCUACGAAGAGAAGGAGCACAUUGUGAGGCUCUUUUUCAGACAGGCAUCACACCUCUUUGCCUACAAGCAGUGGUUCCAACUUCUGCAGCUAGAAAAUCUCUACUUCCAGAUCAAGAACAACCACCAGCCAAUAUCCACUAUUUUUCCAGUAGUGUUGCCGUGGAUGCCUCAGAAAACUAGGAAACUGCAGAAGGAUUUUCAGAAGGCUGCCAAGGGAAAACGAGGCCGUCCCAGAUAUGAAAGUAGUAAAUUCUCUCUCGCUUUUGCAUUAGGAUUGAGUCUUGUUGGUGCUGGGUUGCUCCUGGGCUGGACAGUGGGGUGGAUGCUGCCAACCCUUUAAGCCUGUUUUGGAUUUGUAUCCUGAUUUCCUGUUUGUGGUGAAUAUUGUUUUAGAGACGUGUUUGUUGAGCUGUAAUUCUCUAGUUCUUGUAUUUAUGUAGGUUUCAUAUUUUAGAACUCUGGUGCUUCUGUGUUUGUACAAAACGAUGUGUCUAAAUGUUUGAAUAUAUCAUCAGUGACGAAUCUCAUCUAAUUGCUAAA